AGUUAGGACAACUGAGCGUUAAGGUUUGCAGAAAUCUUCCACAAAGCAGCAACUCCUGGAAUCUGGCUGGAAUCUCUCACCACCACCCCACGACCAACCACGCAGGCAGUUCACAAUAAACGAACCAUCUGUCCGAAACUUUACGAUCUUGGGUGACUACACGCUUCCUGGUUGGCUCGCGUCGUGACGUUGCCGGGCAGAACCGAGUGGAGCCGAACCAGUUCGAAAUUUUCAGAGCGACACCCCCCGCCCCUGUUCUCCGGUCUUGCGUCUCCUCCCCCUUUUUACCCAGCUACGUUAUUAGCCUGGAGUCCCCAGCAGCGGCACGGCAGCAACCCACUGACAGCUGUGUCUGACUCACAAGCGAAGAGGGUGGCAAAGAUGGAGCACCGGGACGCCGAUUUCAACAUCUUGCUCGCCACCGAUUCCUACAAGGUAACGCAUUACAAACAAUACCCCCCCAACACCAGCAAAGUUUAUUCCUAUUUUGAGUGCCGCGAGAAUAGGACGGAUGCCACCAAAAGCAGAAAGGUCAAAUAUGACAAAACGGUCUUCUAUGGUCUUCAGUACAUCCUCCACAAAUACCUCAAAGGAAAAGUAAUCACUCCGGAGAAAAUCCAGGAAGCCAAGGAGGUUUACCGAGAACACUUCCAGGAUGACGUUUUUAACGAGAAAGGCUGGACAUACGUCCUGGAGAAAUACAACGGCCACCUGCCCAUUGAAAUUAAGGCGGUCCCGGAAGGGAGCGUCAUCCCCCGCGGCAACGUCUUGUUCACGGUGGAGAGCACCGAUCCAGAAUGCUACUGGCUCACCAACUGGGUGGAGACCAUCCUAGUGCAGAGCUGGUACCCUAUCACCGUGGCAACCAACUCCAGGGAGCAGAAGAAGAUUCUCGCCAGGUAUCUCCUGGACACAUCCGGGAACUUGGAAGGACUCGAGUACAAACUACACGACUUUGGCUACCGGGGCGUCUCCUCGCAAGAGACUGCCGGCAUUGGCGCUUCUGCUCACUUGGUCAACUUUAAGGGCACGGACACAGUCGCCGGCAUCGGUGUGAUUAAGAAGUACUAUGGCACCAAGGACCCAGUCCCGGGGUUCUCUGUACCUGCUGCAGAACACAGCACCAUCACAGCGUGGGGCAAGGACCACGAGAAGGACGCUUUUGAGCACAUCAUCAAGCAGUUCCCCAACGUGCCCGUCUCUAUCGUCAGCGACAGCUACGACAUCUACAACGCCUGCGAGAAGAUUUGGGGCGAAGACCUGCGCGGGCUCAUCGAGUCGCGCAGCGCCGACGCGCCGCUCGUCGUGCGGCCCGACUCGGGGAACCCCCUCGAUACGGUGUUGAAGGUUUUGGAGAUCCUGGGUAAGAAGUUCCCCCCAGAAGAAAAUUCCAAAGGAUUCAAGCUUCUGCCUCCGUACAUCCGAGUCAUUCAAGGAGAUGGCGUGGACAUUAACACACUACAGGAGAUAGUGGAGGGGAUGAAGCAGCACCGUUGGUCCAUUGAGAACGUUUCCUUCGGCUCCGGCGGCGCGUUGCUGCAGAAACUGACCAGAGAUCUGCUCAAUUGCUCCUUCAAAUGUAGCUACGUGGUCACAAAUGGACUCGGGGUGAACGUGUUCAAGGACCCUGUGGCGGACCCCAACAAGAGGUCAAAGAAAGGUCGCCUGUCUCUGCACCGGACUCAAAGUGGGGAGUUUGUCACUCUCGAGGAAGGCAAAGGUGACCUGGAGGAGUACGGAGAGGACCUGUUGCACACGGUCUUCCAGAACGGCAAGAUUGUGCGGACGUACACGUUUGACCAAGUCAGAGACAAUGCCAAGCUCAAGGAGAGUGAGCUUGACUAGCUGCCCCCCCCCCCCCCUUCAGUCAGCCAGUCAUUAACCCCCCCUUCAAGCCCCUCCCCUUUUUCCUCGGCCUCUGACAUCACCCCCCCCCACUGAAAAUAAAACGAGGCCUUGCGCACUGAUAAUACAUCCUGCCCUGAAUUCCUCGAUAAACUGUGACUUCCGUUAAAAAAAAAAAAAAAAAAAAAUCACUGGAAUUCCACCGAGCUCGCUCAUUCUGAAGACAAACGUUAUUUAAGAAAAAGAUGAAGAAACGUAGAAGUGCGGCAAGCCAGUGGAAGGAUGAGCGAUCUCCAAGCUGCUGCCCCGCCCACCUAGCAAAACCAUGUGAUGCUUUGUUUCCAUGACAACCACUCACCCGCCCUCUAUGAUCUUACCUUGGCUUUAUCUUUGCUGCGAAGGGUUUUUAAAUAUCGUGAGAUUCAGUUCACUUCCAGCCAAAAUGUAAACAACAACAACAAAAAAGCCAAAAAUUGCUAUCGUCUCCCUCAACGAGCAUUCCCAUCAUCAAGCGGCCAUCUUAUCUCCCCUCUUUGUUUGUGAAGUUGUUAAAAAAAAAAAAGAGGCAUUUCCCUGAAACACAGCAGCUCCAGCGUUCCUGUUGUUUGGCACUGAUCAAGCGUCGAAGUCAAUACAUCGCACAAAACGUCUUCACCGGAAUGAAGAGGAUCGGAGUACAUGAAUGACUUCCUGUCUAUCUGUGUGUGUGUUAAGUGUCGCUUCCCAUGCGUUGUCCAUCUUCCUUUAUGCAAAUUCUAAUUUUGGGAUUUUUUUUUUUUCCUCCCCCCCUUUUUUUUCCUCACUAGCAAGGUAUUUAUUGUGAAGGGGAAGCUCCAGUUGAAAAUGUCCUCCACAACAGUGUCAGUUUUCACUGCCUUAACGUGGUGCGUCUCCUCGGAUCAGCCAAGUUGAGGGAACGGACGCGACGAGAUGGUGACCUCACAGGUAUCAAACUGAGUAGCUAGAACAGCCACGAUUCAUAUCAAAAGUUGUUUUUCGAUCUAUUUUCCAUUGCUGCUUUCCACUCCUGAAUGGUAUUUCUGUAUAUUUGGUAUAUUAACAGGAUAACUAGUGUGGCAAAACCCAUGUUAUUUUCAAAACAAUGGCCUAGCAUUAGCAUUAGCGUGGCUGUAGACCUGUGAUGUCACUCACUCGGAAUCCCUCACGCCAUCACGCUGCAAAAAACGUUAUUUCUCUCUCUCCCUGUUGUUUGAUUUUACAAUUGCUGUUUAAAAAAUCACGUUUGUUUCUUCGUAUAACUUGGCAGCGCGUUUUGAAUACUUAAUGUUGAUUUUUCAACUCUGUUCUUACCGCAGACGAUUAUUAUUUUGUAUCUUUCGGUAAAUAUUCUUAUUUACAGACGGCGCGGCCAUUGACUGCCUUUCUCAACUGUACAUACGGCAACUAGUUUGACUGACUGUGUGGGGGAGUAGAGGCGAGGCCGAGAGACCACCACACGAGAUAUUUUUGUUCAGAACACUUUUUUUGUACCAACACAAAUAUCCAUACUGUUCAGGCGUUCGUGUGUGUGUGUGUUGUAUUACGGAUGAUCAAGUGUUUGUGAAUUAUCUCUUUCCUAAUGUUGUUGACUUCCAUUGUGUGGGUGCGUGUGUGUGUUCACGUCAGUUGUCCCGGAACCUCACCGACACUUUAAGACAAACCCACAUUGCUAUCUUUGUUGACGACACAACAAUUAAACAAGCCACCUGUCUGUUU